CGGCCGGCCUCGCUAGCACCGGCAAGUCGGGCGUCAGUUCUGUUCUCUCCUUGCUCCCGGUGUGUUCUGUUUUUAGUUCUCACCAUGUCGGUCCUCGGUUUGCUCCUGAUGCUUGUCGGAUUACAAGCCUCAGUGACUCGUUCGGAGCCCUACUACGGCGUGCCCAUCGGCCCACUGCGGAGCUACGCACACGGCAUCACCGGCUUCGUGUACGCCGCCAGCGAGGACACCAUCUUCAUCAAGGGCUUCAGCUACGACGGCAGCGGUCCCGAUGCAUUUUUCUGGAUUGGAUACGAGACAGACGGACCAAGCCCUCAGGGCAUAUUGCUUCCGUAUCCUGAUGACGGCAGCGCGAAGCCCAAUGUCCUGCAGCAGUAUAGCAACGCCGACGUCGUCCUGCGCCUCCCGGCGGGCCAGAAGGUGCAGAACAUGAAGUGGCUGUCGAUCUGGUGCCGUCGGUUCACGGUGAGUCUUGCCGUCCUCUCAUCCUUCCGUGCUCCUGUCCGCCCGCCCGUUGUGUCAGCGCCCGGCGCGUGGCAGCUUGGCCGCAGUGACCGGAUCCGAGGAUGCAUUCACGGAAUCCGAGGAUGCGUUCACAAAACAGCCCUAGCCCGAAGAGAAAAACGUCCGAACCGAAAUAAGCAGACGUCUAAAUGCGACAUGCUGGCCAGGAAGCGAUGCUUUUAUUUUCUUUCUGCGUGAGGCGGCCGCCAGGCUUCCUCGAUGCCAGCGCUGCUCGAACACGGCCGCGGCGACCACUAUACGGCGAGUGAGUGGUCUCAGGAAAGCCCACAGCGGCGGCUAUCAGAGACCGCCCGUCGAUCACCUGCUAGCCCGGUGACCCAGCGCCGGUCUGCUCUGCAGCUGACCGGAAGGCCGAUAACCAGACGACGGUGUACAGCGGACGAGCCGGUGGGUGGUGCACGGUCUGCGGUGCCGCGGGGUGUGGGGGGUUUAGCCAGACAUUUACGCUAGGCAUAAAGCGGUACGCCCGAGAGUGAGUGGGAAG